CCCGGCCACGGCCAGCUCUAACAGUCUUGUUCUGUUGCAGGGGUUGCGCUCACCUUUGGGCUAGGUAGCAGCCUUAGAGAUGCUUGCAGGUCUGUUGCGAGGGAACAGUUGGUGUUGGGGUGAAUGGUGGUUUGUGAGAACUGGAAGGAUGAGGGGGCCAUGUUGCCAGAGAAGAAGCGGAACUGGCUUGCUUCCCUGGGGUGGGGGUGAAGCCGAAUGAUUCCAGCUCUGCACAGGACUGCACUACUUUGCUGAGUAUUGACCUGAAAUGACAGUCCUCGUUCGGGAAAUGUGUCUCAGGGUGCUGUGAGCAGCCGAGAGCAGUGUUGUGUUGUGUAGGCUGUUGAGUUGGUGCUGGUGACACACCGAAGGUCUGGGGGCAGAAUUGUCACGUUUAAUAGUUCUGGCGAAUGAGCCCUCAAGAAGCUGGAGGACUGUUGAGGUUUUUAAGAGUCUAACGUGAAGUCCAUUUUAAGUUUUGGUUUAUAAGUGUAAACCAUGUGGCAGGUGUCGGGGUGGCAGCCCUGGUUUUCCUAGUGUUGCUGCAGCAGAGUAGGGGAGAAGAGUGAUGGUCACACUGUUUUCUGGACACUUGUUUCUUACACCUGCUGUGCUGCCUUACACUUGAGACUUUGAUUAAAUCUAUUCUCUACAUAUUUGCCUUGAGGCAUCGGAGCGGUAGUACUCCUUAUUCUGUGCAUUUUCCGUGUGUGGGUAAGCUGGAGGUUCAUGGUGUUGGUAAGUAUGGGCCUAAGAUGCAUGGUGAUUAGGUAAAACUUAUUUGCAGUUUUUCUAUUAUGUCUUUUUUUGUUUGUUUGUUCAUUUGUUUUUGUUUUUAAUGUUUGGUGCGUUUGAAAAGUUUUGAUCUCUUUUCUGAAGCAGAGAACACUACUUUUUCUGGUAUUGGGUUUCUUAUUAAUUGACCAACUAACAUACUUUUGUAUAAGUUUUAAGUAAGAGGGAUCAUGUAACUGAAUAUCAUGUCACUGACCAAAAUGGCAAACGUUUUCAUAGGACCAGCUUCCCCCAAGAAGAGCUUCUGUCAUUGUUUCACUACAGGGCUGGUGGCUGCUCUGAUCUUUCGAAGAAUUCUUUCAGCUGGGUAGCAUGGUAUACAGGCUUCCUGGAUUCCAUUUGGCCGAUGCAAUAACUUAAUUGGCUUCUCGCACCUCCCCCCCCCAAAUUUCAUAGAUUGCUGGGGUUUUAAUUUUUUACUUGGGAAAAAAAGUUACUUAUGCUUGUCCAGCUUGGGGGCCUUACAGUCACUCCUUUGAGCAUCUGCACAUUCCUUCAUCUCUCUUUUAAGGCACAGCACACUGGAAUACUGAUCUCUAGUAAACUCUUCUAGAUGCCAGGGAAAGCGCAGAGCUUUCCUUUAAUAGGAAAACAGCAGCGCGCUUUUCCUUUUCUCCACCCUCUUGAGGAAGAGCACCUUAAGGCCUGUGUUAUUUCAGGAGAUUUUUCCCUAGAAUAAUCAAGAAAGCAAUGGCCCCAUGCACAGUGUCUCUGAUAAAAAAGAUUUCAAAUUGUAAGCAAUGAAAACUUCUUUUUUUGGAGCUCCAAUUCUAACAUUUCUUUUUAAUUGGAAGUUGAAGGAUCGGGUUUGAGGUUAGUAUUAGCAAUGAGCAUACCUUCCAUCUGUGGAUUUAAAUCCUCUGGAAGAACAUCCAUUUUAGAUUUUUUGCACAUUUUCUAAUAUGGCAGGGCUUUCAAACUGGCUUAGUCUUUUCUUACAGAAAUCUACAUAAGAUCUGACUCCCCCAAUACCAUAUUUUUUUUUAUCUCCCCUCGGGCCUCACUGAACCUUGGUAGCCGUAUGCAGAGCAAAUGAAACACAAUCAAGUGACUGUGUUUGGUUUUGUUUUUUAACUGCUGACUAGCAGGGCUGGACGUUAACAGUCAAGAUGACCUAAGAUUUCAGUGAUGCCAGUGGACCAGUGCUCUGUGCAUGGUAUCCAAGGGUCACCAUAGUGUUAACGGAGAACCAGUAUCUAUAAGGGUAUGGUCCUGACAUACGAUGAGUGGCCAGAUUGCUAAACUUGCAGAGAUGAUCUGUGGCCUUCUUGGAUUAAAACAGUUUUAAAAGACCAGGCCUGACCUGGGAUUUGUGUGUAAAGAAUUAGCAUCCGCCCUGUAGAUCCGCACGAGACGGCUCCCUCCUGCAGUGCUAUCUCUUGGUGAAUGCUAACUCUGCUCAUGGGCCUUUUGGGGGAAGGACAGUGAAAAGCCUCUAGAGAGGUAAGUUUCCCACCCUUCCAACCUCUCUCCAGCUGCAGCUUGCUUGGUGCUGUCAGGAUCUGGAUUUGGGGGGAGUGUCUCUGUAGUGGAACCAGUGACAGAAGCUGUUCUUUAGAAUUUUCAGGAUGGCUGUGUUCUGCGGUCAGAAUGAGAGAGUCAAGCUGGGCAGAAUCUCUCGCCAAGAGUUCAGGUAAGGUAAUGUUUAUUCACUGGGAAUGCUUUCCACAGCCAGACAGCUAUGCUGACAGUCUCAAGUUUUCUCCCAGUUUGUUUAAAUUUAAAUGAUUAAUCUGUAACUUUUUAAAACAAAAUUGUGGUUGGAUUUUUCAUGAAAACCGUUUUUACUUUGUUCCAUACAAAAUGGCUUGAAAUGUAAUUGUUUUUUAAAAACGCUAUGUGUUGGAAAUUUAUCUGCUGUUUCCUCUUUUCCCUCCCCUUUGAAAGUUUUGCAUAGUGUAAGCAUUCAUUUUGUCUUUUACCUUCCUGCCCUGCUCCUCCCCGCUGGGAGGUACUAAUGCUAUUACCCAGUGCUGAAAAAGGGCACAAUAAAGGUGUGGGAAGGAAGGAACCCCAAACUACAACCUGCUGUCCUUUCACGCCUUCCUUUGGAGACUGCUCCGUCAGUGCCGAGGUGUGUGAGAAAAUGCUUUACUGCACCGCCGUCUUACUGAGUUGCUUCACGUGAGGAAAAUGGGGUUUUGACCCUGCCACUCAGUGACUCAGUUCCACAUUUUGGAUUGCAUACUGGAGAAGAAGCCAAUCUUCUUGCUAGUAAACCAACAACCCAGCUGUAUGCAGUGGUGACCCAAGCAAUGGAUAUAAAACCUAAAAAUCUGAGGGAGGGGAGAGAGGGGAUACAGUAGUUCUUGGAAUCUGAAAUCUCCUAUUUAUUUGAUCAGGUUAUUUACUGAGACUUGACAUAGAUCUGAUUGGUGGGGAUCUCUUAGGACCUAGUUGACAUCUGGUAUUAAUUUCCUCUCAGGAAAAACAAGAAAUAUCGAUUUACCCAGAGAGAGUCUGGGUCCUGGAAUUCAGCAUUAGCCACUUCAGGACAAUUGCUUCUGGCCUCCAGUUUUGUCUGUCGUUCAAGCUCUAGUUUCCAGCGACAAGCACCUUUUGCUAUAAUGAUCGAGCAGCAAGGUCUUUAUUCCUGGAGAAUCUCCUCUAUUGCAGACUCGCUGCAACUUCAGGAGCCCUAACCGAUUAAGUGCUGUCAGCUUGAUGCGCUGCUCCGGACUCUGGAAACAGAUAUUGGUUCUGUGCUGUAAUUUCCACUGUGUCGAGGCCAGACGACUUGUUGGCUGGCUAGCCCUGUAUAACUCGACUCUGUAUGUUCCCAUGUAUGUUACCGCAAUGCUCCUCCUGUUGUACAGUGUCUGUGAGAUGCUCUUUGAAGAUGGUACUUUUUAUUUUUUUCAUUUUCAAUAAAAGUACAUUACCUCCCACCUCCUGGUAUUUAAUCCUGUUGCUGAAUGUGCCUCGUGUGAGUGUGUGCUCCGGCGUUGCAGGACCUCAGAGCUGGAGGUGGCACUCGGUGGUUCUUGGGGGCUGCUGCCUUCCCUCCCUGCAGGUGGUGUUAGACAUGUGCUACCUGAGGUAACAUGUUUUUGUUUUUGGGAGGGAGCGGGGAGUGGGGGAGGGCCUGUGGGAGGGUCUCUGGAUUUUGGAUAGUCUGCUUUGUUUGCUCUCUUCUGUACUAUUAAACUGCCGAUGUUUAUUUUCAGGAAUGUUUUGCAAAUGCACUUCUCACUCUUCCCCAGUCCAACUGUAGGUACACUGUUCCUUUUUAUCAAAUAAGCACGUUUGAAACGAUCCAAAAAAAUAAAAAAAAAGGUCUUAAUUUCAUGUAAAGAAAUGUAUCGUUGCGUGGAGAUACUGGAAUAAGGUCAAAUAUAUACCUUUUAGUGACCCGUGUGUUGAGAAUGAACUUCAGCUCAUGGACAGGUUUAUGUUACAUUAGAAAGAGUAUUGGUUUUGGUGGUGUCCUGAGGGAAGAAAGUUUCAAAUUAGACCUACCUCCUGCAAAAUGCCCCGCGUCAGUUGCCGCAGGGGGGCCAUCAGCAGUGUCUGGUCCUCUGAGAAGGUCGUUCUCUGCUUAGGCACUUGUCACUGUACAGUGGAGCUGCCUCCUCUUUCUAACGUAACAUAAAGCUGUGGCGUGGCGUGUGAGUGCCGUGGAGACGCUGACGGCGGUGUGUGUUUCUCCCUGUAGGCCUUCGUGGUGAAACACCUCCUGGAGUAUACCCAGGACACAGAGUCUAACCUCCACUACAGCUUGCUGUUAGUCCUGGGCCUCCUCCUGACAGAAAUCGUGCGUUCUUGGUCACUUGCACUGACGUGGGCGUUGAAUUACCGAACUGGGGUCCGCUUGCGGGGGGCCAUCCUGACCAUGGCGUUUAAGAAGAUCCUUAAGCUGAAGAACAUUAAGGAGAAGUCGGUGGGUGAGCUCAUCAACCUGUGCUCCAACGACGGGCAGAGGAUGUUUGAGGCAGCCGCCGUUGGCAGCUUGUUGGCUGGAGGACCCGUUAUUGCCAUCUUGGGCAUGGUUUAUAAUGUAAUUAUUCUGGGACCAACAGGCUUCCUGGGAUCAGCUGUUUUUAUCCUCUUUUAUCCUGCAAUGAUGUUUGUAUCACGGAUCACUGCAUAUUUCAGGAGAAAAUGUGUGACCAUCACAGAUGACCGUGUCCAGAAGAUGAAUGAAGUCCUCACCUACAUUAAAUUUAUUAAAAUGUAUGCCUGGGUCAAAGCAUUCUCUCAGAGUGUACAAAAAAUCCGAGAGGAGGAACGUGGGAUGUUGGAAAAAGCCGGGUACUUUCAGAGUAUCACCGUGGGCGUGGCUCCCAUUGUGAUGGUGAUCGCCAGCGUGGUGACCUUCUCUGUUCACAUGACCCUUGGCUUUGAUCUGACAGCGGCACAGGCUUUCACAGUGGUGACUGUCUUCAAUUCCAUGACUUUUGCUUUGAAAGUUACACCAUUCUCAGUAAAGUCCCUCUCAGAAGCAUCCGUUGCUGUCGACAGAUUUAAGAGUUUGUUUCUAAUGGAAGAGGUUCACAUGAUAAAGAAAAAACCAGCCAGCCCUCACAUCACGAUAGAGAUGAAAAAUGCCACCUUGGCAUGGGACUCCUCCCACGCCAGUAUCCAGAACUCACCCAAGCUGACCCCCAAAACGAAAAAAGACAAGAGGGCUGCCAGGGGCAAGAAAGAGAAGGGGAGGCCGCUGCAGCGCACUGAGCAUCAGGCGGUGCUGGCAGAGCAGAAGGGCCACCUCCUCCUGGACAGUGACGAGCGGCCCAGUCCUGAGGAGGAAGAGGGCAAGCACAUCCACCUGGGGAACCUCCGCCUGCAGAGGACGCUGUACAACAUCGACCUGGAAAUCGAAGAGGGUAAACUGGUUGGAAUCUGUGGCAGUGUGGGAAGUGGAAAAACCUCUCUCAUUUCCUCCAUUUUAGGCCAGAUGACGCUUCUAGAGGGCAGCAUUGCAGUCAGUGGAACCUUCGCGUAUGUGGCCCAGCAGGCCUGGAUCCUCAAUGCCACUCUGAGAGACAACAUCCUCUUUGGGAAGGAAUUUGAGGAAGAAAGAUACAACUCGGUGCUGAACAGCUGCUGCCUGAGGCCUGACCUGGCCAUCCUUCCCAACAGUGACCUGACAGAGAUUGGCGAGCGAGGAGCCAACCUGAGUGGUGGGCAGCGCCAAAGGAUCAGCCUUGCCCGGGCCUUGUACAGUGACCGAGACAUCUACAUCCUGGAUGACCCCCUCAGUGCCUUAGAUGCCCACGUGGGCAACCACAUCUUCAACAGUGCUAUCCAGAAGCACCUCAAGUCCAAGACGGUUCUGUUCAUUACCCACCAGUUACAGUACCUGGCUGACUGUGAUGAAGUGAUCUUCAUGAAAGAAGGCUGUAUUACAGAAAGAGGCACCCACGAGGAACUGAUGAAUCUAAAUGGUGAUUAUGCUACUAUUUUUAAUAACCUGUUGCUGGGAGAGACACCCCCAGUUGAGAUUAAUUCAAAAAAGGAGACCAGUGGCUCACAGAAGAAAACACAAGACAAGGGUCCUAAGACAGGAUCAGUAAAGAAGGAGAAAGCAGUGAAGCCAGAGGAAGGGCGGCUCGUGCAAAUGGAAGAGAAGGGGCAGGGUUCCGUGCCCUGGUCAGUAUAUGGUGUCUACAUCCAGGCUGCUGGGGGCCCCUUGGCAUUCCUGGUCAUUCUGUCCCUUUUCAUGCUGAACGUGGGUAGCACCGCCUUCAGCAACUGGUGGUUGAGUUACUGGAUCAAGCAAGGAAGUGGGAACACCACAGUGACUCAAGAAAACAGGACGUCUGUGAGCAACAGCAUGAAGGACAAUCCUCUGAUGCACUACUAUGCCAGCAUCUACGCCCUCUCCAUGGCGGUGAUGCUGAUGCUGAAAGCCAUUCGUGGAGUGGUCUUUGUCAAGGGCACAUUGCGAGCCUCUUCCCGGCUCCACGACGAGCUUUUCCGAAGGAUCCUUCGCAGCCCUAUGAAGUUUUUUGACACUACCCCCACGGGGAGGAUUCUCAACAGGUUUUCCAAAGACAUGGAUGAAGUUGAUGUGCGCCUGCCGUUCCAGGCUGAGAUGUUCAUCCAGAACGUCAUCCUGGUGUUCUUCUGUGUUGGAAUGAUCGCGGGAGUUUUCCCGUGGUUCCUCGUGGCAGUGGGGCCCCUCGUCAUCCUCUUUUCAGUUCUGCACAUUGUCUCCAGGGUCCUGAUCCGAGAGUUGAAGCGUCUGGACAAUCUCACACAGUCACCUUUCCUCUCCCACAUCACAUCCAGCAUACAGGGCCUUGCCACCAUCCAUGCCUACAACAAAGGGCAGGAAUUUCUGCACAGGUACCAGGAGCUACUGGAUAACAACCAGAGUCCUUUCUUCUUGUUCACGUGUGCGAUGCGGUGGCUGGCAGUGCGGCUGGACCUCAUCAGCAUCGCCCUGAUCACCACCACCGGGCUGAUGAUUGUUCUCAUGCACGGGCAGAUUCCCCCCGCCUAUGCGGGGCUUGCCAUCUCCUAUGCCGUCCAGUUAACAGGGCUGUUCCAGUUUACUGUCAGACUGGCAUCUGAGACAGAAGCUCGCUUCACCUCAGUCGAGAGGAUCAACCACUACAUCAAGACUCUCUCUUUGGAAGCACCUGCCAGAAUUAAGAACAAGGCUCCCUCCCCUGACUGGCCCCAGGAAGGAGAGGUCACCUUUGAGAAUGCAGAGAUGAGGUACCAAGAAAAUCUCCCUCUGGUCCUAAAGAAAGUGUCCUUCACCAUCAAACCCAAGGAGAAGAUUGGCAUCGUGGGGCGGACAGGAUCGGGGAAGUCCUCUCUGGGCAUGGCCCUCUUCCGUCUGGUGGAGUUAUCCGGAGGCUGCAUCAAGAUCGAUGGAGUGAGAAUCAGUGAUAUCGGCCUUGCCGACCUCCGGAGCAAACUCUCCAUCAUUCCCCAAGAGCCGGUGCUCUUCAGUGGCACUGUCAGGUCAAAUUUGGAUCCCUUCAGCCAGUACACUGAAGAGCAGAUCUGGGAUGCCCUAGAAAGGACACACAUGAAAGAAUGUAUUGCUCAGCUACCUCUGAAACUUGAAUCUGAAGUGGUGGAGAAUGGGGAUAACUUCUCAGUAGGGGAACGGCAGCUCUUGUGCGUAGCUAGAGCCCUGCUCCGUCACUGUAAGAUUCUGAUUCUAGAUGAAGCCACAGCUGCCAUGGACACAGAGACAGACUUACUGAUCCAAGAGACCAUCCGAGAAGCGUUUGCCGACUGCACCAUGCUGACAAUUGCGCAUCGCCUACAUACAGUCCUAGGCUCUGAUAGGAUUAUGGUGCUGGCCCAGGGGCAGGUGGUGGAGUUCGACACGCCAUCGGUCCUUCUUUCCAAUGACAGCUCCCGGUUCUAUGCCAUGUUCGCUGCUGCAGAGAACAAGAUCGCUGUCAAGGGCUAACUCCCUCCCCGCCGCCGCCCAAGUCUCUUUCCUUUGGAGCAUUGCCAUUCCCUGCCUGGGGCGGGCCCCUCAUCGUGUCCUCCUGCCGAAACCUUGCCUUUCCCGAUUUUAUCUUUCGCACAGCAGUUCAGGAUUGGCUUGUAUGUUUCACUUUUAGGGAGAGUCAUAUUUUGAUUAUUGUAUUUAUUCCAUAUUCAUGUAAACAAAAUUUAGUUUUUGUUCUUACUUGCACUCUAAAAGGUUCAGGGAACCGUUAUUAUAUAUGUAUCAGAGGCCUAUAAUGAAGCUUUAUACGUGUAGCUAUAUCUAUAUAUAAUUCUGUACAUAGCCUAUAUUUCCAGUGAAAAUGUAAGCCGUUUAUUUUAUAUUAAAAUAAGCACUGUGCUAAGAACAGUGCAGAUUCCUUUCUAUCAUUUUUGUACAGUCUGCUGCACUAGAGAUCUGGUUUCGCUAUUAGACUGUAGGAAGGGUAGCAUAUGUUCUUCCGCAGCUGGUUGCUUCAUGGUGCCGGGUUUUCUGGGUGUCCAAAAGGAAGGCGUGUGGCAGUAGCAGGCCCUCCAGAGGCCCCCCUGCCGCCUCCCUCACAGCCACUCCGGGGUGGGGUGGAGUGGGGGUCGCCAGAGGCCGCACAGAGCACCGUGAAUUCUCAGGGCCCCUGCUUUCUGUCCUGUUGUCACUUCACUGUUUCCGUCGGGAGAGCGGUGGGGCGAAGUCCCAGACGCCGCUUCACUCCCUCCGCCGGGGAUGAGAAUCACAGAGACACUCCUCGGUGGGGGGGGGCGGGGGGGGGUCCAUCCUGCUUUCCUCUUUUUUGCUGUUGUUUCUCAACAAGCAUCCAGUCUGUUCCGAGUGUCCCACUGCCUCAGGUUCCGAACGCUGCCCACUGCACAGAGCUCUCCAGCUCCUCGGCCCGUUGGUUCCAAGCCCUGGAGGCCACUGCUGCUUUUCCCAGUGGUACUUCUUCAUCUGCCUGGCCCCACGCCCCUACAGUUCAGUGACAGGGUUCAGGAUUUUGUGGGUCUGUUCUCCUUUCUCCCUGCGGUUGCCGCAGAGUCUCUUCCUCUCUCCAAAGUCUGCGACUUUAAGCAACUCUUGCUAAUCAGUGUCUCACACUGGUGUAGAAGUUUUUUGUACUGUAAAGAGACCUACCUCAGGUUGCUGAGUGCCGUGUGGUUCGGUGUGUUCCCGCAAACCCUAUUUGUGCUGUGAGGCCAGUAGCUCAGGUGGGCGUGGUCGCUGCUGUCAUCCGUCGAAUGGUCAGCGUUGCAUGUCGUGACCGACUUGACAUUCUGUCGCCUUAGCAUGUUUGCUGAAUACCUUGUGGAAGCAAAAAUCUG